AUGAGCACUGCAGCAACUUCGUUACCGCUGAAUCAUGCCGAGUCAAACUUGGAUCAUGAAGCUAUAAAGUAUUUUGAGCGAGCGAUAGAGAAGGAGGCACAAGGUCUAAUGUCGGAUGCCGUUGAGAACUACAGAAAGGCGUUUCGGAUAAAUGACCGGGUUGAUACUCUAUAUCGAAACUUGAAAGUACCUUCAGCAAUGAAGAAGCUUACACAGGAGAGGGGCAAGAAUGUGGGAACACGAGUCGAUGAAAAGGAAGUUGCAAAGAUAAAUGUUGACUUUUUAAUAAAGAGCUUUGCUAAUCUCGAAGUGGAUGGUUUGCACAUGAGUACCCACGAAGAUGAAGAAAAUAUGACAGUUGCACAACCAUCACCUUUGGUCCAUCUUCCAAAGGAUAUCUGGCUCUAUAUUUUGGAGGUCUUGGUGAUUACUCUUCCCGAAUCGUGGUUCAAAAUGUCAAUUACUUGCAAGAAGUUUGCCUACAUUGGAUUUGGAAGCAGUUCUAUAUGGAGACUCUUGUGUCAACUUGUUUAUCCAAAGCAAAGAUAUGAGGAGAAUGAGGGCCGAUUUGAACCGGCUAUACCGGACGAUCAGUUGCAGAUGGUUUCGCAGUAUACUGGCUGGAAACAGAUGUUAAGCAAACGACCUUUUGUGAAAUUUCAAGGUUGCUACAUCAGUGUAAUAAACUACUACAGUGAAGGUGCACGAGGCGAGUCAUCUUUGUCAUGGACAAACCCUGUGCGAACUAUCACUUACUAUAGAUAUCUACGCUUUUAUCCUGAUGGCACAGUAUUAAAAGUAUUGACAGUUCUUCCUCCAGAUCAAGUUGUUGCACAUUUACAAAUUGAUAAUCCACUGAUACCACACGACGAAAAACACAAUAAAGAAAGCCACAGAAUAUAUAGAGGGAAAUGGACAAUAAACUCCGACGGCGAAAUUCAUAUCAGGAUUGACCAAGGAUCAGUUGAUUAUUUAAUAUUUCAAUAUUACUUCACUGUCAAAUCUCUCGGAAUCAAUAAGCACGCUAAAUUAACCUGGAAUCAAUACUAUGCACAGCGCAAGGAGAUUGAAAAUGAUGAUCGGUCUGGUGAAAUAUCAGAGUAUUCGAUUCGUAAUGAGAAACCAUUUAAAUUCCUGAGAGUGAGAAGCUAUCAAACGUAG